AUGGAUCCCGACGCGCUCGACAGGAUGAACGAUUUCUUCGAUUUCGCCGCUCUUGAACAGAACAACGAAGUCGAACACACCCAUGCCUCAAGUGAGCAAACGGUGCCAUACUUUCAACCAGACAAUGUCACGGCUAUUGACUUCGCUUUGGAACCAGCGGCCCAAAAUACCCUCCAAUUGUACGACGUGCCCAUGUACGACGUGGCACACGAUCUCUCCUCUGCCGAUAUAAACCAGCAAUGGCCAACAUCUCACCCAACUACAUAUGCAGCGACGUCUAUGAUUGAAACGAGUGUAGACCCAGGAGCAGACGUCGAUUGGCAAACGGUUGAUAUGGAACAUGCGAAGGACCACAGGAUCCGCGACGCGACGGAUCUCGCUCUCCCGCCUUCAUUGUCAUCACUUGCGCUAAUGCAAUGCGAUGAUGAAGGCAGCUUAAUUGAUGCGCCGCACUCUCAGCUUGGGCUACGUCCUUCAGCUCUCGAUCAUUCAAUGAUUCCGGCCGAUGCCUCCCUUGCACUGGAGCAGCUACCAGUCAGAUCGGCCGCAUCCCAGCAACAACCUUCAAUUGCCACUUGGAAACCAGCAUCAGCCAAACGUAAGGGUCCUCAGUGCCGUAUUCCACUUGAGGCAAGGCAGGUGUUGGAGGACGAAUUUGCGGCCAAUCCGUACCCCUGCGCGUGGGAAUUGGACAUCAUCGCACAUCAAGCCAAUCUCGACGUGAAGAAAGUCCGCAACUGGUUCAAUAACACCCGAGCCAGGAAGAAGUGUGGAGAUUCCCAUCCUGCUGUAAAGGAUGGUUCAGGCCAGAGCAAUCGCACUCUGAAGACAAAGCUGUCAAAAGAUAGUCUGGAAAGCCUCCAAAAGCAAGCAGAUGACGCCAAUCAACUGCCGCAGCCGCCUCUGGCGGUAUACCUUGCACAGUCGUACCAAGAGGAAGCUGUUGAACUGUCUGCAGUACAGGCUGCCGUUGAUGUUGAGUCUCUCAACGAAAGCAUCCCAAAUAGUGGAUGGUCUGAGUCCAGACAAGGUCGCAGAGGUUCCGUCAUCACCUCGAUUGCUUCUUCUGAAGGCACUGCCCCCACAACAUACACAGUGUCUUCCAGCGGUAGCCGCAGUAAAACCUCGUCCUUUGGUCGUGAUCGCCGCCGAGGUAGACGUCGGAUGGCGUGGAAAGAAUCUCCUCGCCAAGCCAUUAACGGUGUGAACAGUGCAGGUGAACCCCAGAAAGAUCUGCCUUUUUUCUGUACUUUCUGUCCGCGGGCAUUCAAGACGAAGUAUGAAUGGAUACGCCACGAAGACUCUGUCCACGCGCUUCGAACCACUUGGAUUUGCUGUGACACAAAGUCAUCCGAAAAUCUUGAAGCAUGUCCAUUCUGCGGCCAGGCCCAUCCCGACGAUGCUCACCUGGCUGGCCACAAGUACCAACAAUGCCGAAGCAAGCCCGAAUCCCAACGAACUUUCUAUCGCCGCGAUCACUUCAUCCAGCAUCUGCACCAUGUUCACUUCGCCAACACCAAACAUCCGUCCGUACGUACCGGCUGUCAAGCUCGAUUAUUAGCCGCUGAAGGCCACAACUUUGGUUGCAAGGACCUCGCCAUGAAGUGGCGUCGCUUCGGUGCUCCAAUGAAGCUUGACGAUCCUAUGCUUCAUUGUGGCUUCUGCGGAAAGAAGUCAAAAGACUGGUCCGAACGAUGUGAGCAUGUUGCUGAGCACCUCGUCGCGCGUGAGCUUGACCGUGCUGUGUGGUGGAGCGAGCGCAAGGAAAACCAUUUGGAGAACCUCUACUCGACUACACCAUACGAAUCCUUCCGAUGCCGAUACUGCCAAAAGGUCUUUACGGAUGUCAAAGAUAUGAACGAACACUCUCACUGUCGUGUGUGGAGCUGUCGAUUUCUCCGGAGCUUCGACGACGUUGCUGCAGACAAUGCAGGUCCGCCCCUGUGUCCAGACUUUCCUUCGGCCAAAGCUCACCAUUGUCACCUUUGCGGCUCCGGCUAUCGAACGUUCCACGUCGAACAUGCGCAGAACUACCAUCGGUAUCGCUCGUGCAAUCAAGAGUUUUACACAUCUGAAGACGCUUUCCUCCAGCAUUUGCACAACUUUCAUGGCGCUUCACAGCCAACAUUAUUGCGAGGCUCUGGUGUCAUCGAGCAGAGCUAUAUGCGCAAUAAAGGCGCAUCGUUCGAGCCCGUGGAGUUCAAUGAGAGCUGGCAGCCUUGCGUAAUGGAUCUAGACGUAGCCUCUGUCAGUCCAUUUGUUGCCGACAACACUGUUUCAACCCUACCUGUCGACCAGAGAAGGAGUCAAAACCAGACCCGGAAGUCGCUCGUCAUUCCAAAGAAAGCUCGUGACAUUGUGCAGACUCAGGACGUCAAUGUCAAGAAGGUAUCAAGACAACGAUCUGACACAUCAACCUCCAAGGCCGAGAGUCAUCACCCGCGAUUCUUCCGACUCAGUACUUAUGUACCCUUUCUGUCAUCUCGUAUCUUCUACUCGCGGUCUGCAAAGGCAGCGGACUUUCCGAGAGACAACCAGGCUGUGCUAGAAGAGCUACCGAAGCCGCACAUUGCGACACUGGCGAUGAGUGCAGGCACAGUCAGCAUGGCCGCCGCUCGCUGGUUCAUUCGGCCAGACACAUGUUCGGUCAAUGGUAUGGUAGAGCUUACCAUUGAGAAUGAAGCAGAUGUAGAUUGA